CCACACACACGCAGUGGGUUCUUUCUUUCGGUUGCAGAAACAUCGACGAUCGUCAUCUUACUCUCUUCAGAAACCAAGAAAAACUCUCGGGGGCGAAUACCAUAGAAACCAGAAGGCAAAAGCAAUGGAAGAGAGCAGCAACAGCAACACCGCCGCUAGCAGCGUCGCCCAAGCCAUUGCCGUAGCUCUCGACUGGAGCUCCACUCCCGACGCCCGCAAAGCAGCCGUUGCUUUCCUCGAAUCGAUUAAGACCGGAGAUGUGCGGAUUUUGGCAAACACUGCGUUUCUUCUAGUGAAGAAGGAUUGGUCUUCCGAAAUUCGGUUGCAUGCAUUUAAGAUGUUACAGCAUUUGGUCCGAUUGCGGUGGGAAGAACUAAGCCCUACAGAGCGUAGAAACUUUGCAAAUAUCACAGUUGAUUUAAUGUCUGAUAUUGCAAGUCCUAGUGAGGAGUGGGCUUUAAAAAGUCAGACAGCAGCCCUGACUGCCGAGAUGGUUAGAAGAGAAGGACUAAAUCUAUGGCAAGAAUUGUUUCCAACUUUGGUUUCAUUAUCCUCCAAGGGUCCUAUUCAAGCUGAGUUGGUCUCCAUGAUGCUAAGGUGGCUUCCUGAAGAUAUUACUGUUCACAAUGAAGACUUGGAAGGAGAUCGGAGAAGGCUAUUGCUGCGUGGGCUGACCCAAUCUUUACCUGAAAUUUUGCCUUUAUUAUACACUUUACUAGAGAGGCACUUUGGAGCUGCGUUGAGUGAAGCAGGAAAACAACAAUUUGACCUUGCAAAACAACAUGCAGCAACAGUAACAGCUACUUUGAAUGCUGUUAAUGCAUAUUCUGAAUGGGCUCCAUUGCCUGAUCUUGCUAAAUCUGGUAUAAUUCAUGGAUGUGGUUUCUUACUUUCUUCACCUGACUUUCGUCUUCAUGCUUGUGAGUUUUUCAAACUUGUUUCCCAAAGGAAGAGACCUAUUGAUGAUACCUCUGCUCCCGAAUUUGAUUCUGCAAUCAGUAAUAUCUUUCAAAUAUUGAUGAAUGUCUCCAAAGAAUUUUUGUACAUAUCUAGCUCCGGUACUGGGGUAAUUGAUGAAAGCAAUAUUGAGUUUGUGGAAUAUAUAUGUGAAAGUAUGGUGUCUUUGGGUUCCACAAACUUGCAAUGUAUUGCUGGUGAUAGAGCUGUGCUACCACUUUAUUUGCAACAGAUGCUGGGGUUUUUCCAACAUUUUAAGCUAGCUCUUCAUAUUCAAUCUCUCAACUUUUGGCUGGCGCUAAUGAGAGACUUGAUGUCAAAGCCAAAGGCUGUUGCUCACUCAGCUGGAGAUGGUUCUGAUCCGGUCGAUUUUGAAAAGAGAAAAAUCUUAAGUUUUUUGAAUGAUGAAAUAUGUAGUGCAAUUCUGGAUGUAUCUUUCCAACACAUGCUCAAGAGAGAAAAAGUAAUUCACGGAACAACAUUUUCUUUGGGGCAGUUGGAAUUAUGGAGUGAUGAUGUUGAGGACAAGGGGACUUUUGGCCAGUAUCGUUCAAAGUUGUUAGAACUGAUCAAGUUGGUUGCCUUAUACAAGCCUCUUAUAGCCGGUUCUAAAGUUUCUGAAAGAAUUGAGACAAUCAUCAAAAGCCUCUUGCUUUCUCCAAUGCCUGCUCAGGACUUAGCUGUGAUGGAAAGCAUGCAGUUGGCUUUAGAAAAUGUUGUAAGCACUAUUUUCGAUGGUUCAAAUGAAAUUGCCGGGGGUCAUUCUGAGGUUCAACUUGGACUAUGCAGAAUAUUUGAAGGUUUGCUUCAGCAACUUCUUUCUCUGAAAUGGACUGAGCCAGCUCUUGUGGAAGUACUUGGGCACUACUUGGAUGCAAUGGGUUCAUUUUUGAAGUAUUUUCCGGAUGCCGUGGGCAGUGUCAUUAAUAAAUUAUUUGAGCUCCUAAACUCGCUCCCUUUUGUUGUUAAGGAUCCAUCUACAAGUAGUGCACGGUAUGCAAGGCUGCAAAUCUGUACAUCGUUUAUUCGUAUCGCCAAAACUGCUGACACAAGUGUUCUGCCUCACAUGAAGGGUAUAGCUGACACCAUGGCGUAUAUGAAAAGUGAAGGUUCUUUACUUCGUGGUGAACACAAUCUCUUAGGUGAAGCGUUUCUUGUCAUGGCUUCUGCUGCUGGAAUUCAGCAGCAGCAAGAAGUUCUGGCCUGGUUACUAGAACCUUUAAGCCAGCAAUGGACGCAGAUUGAGUGGCAAAAUAAUUAUCUAUCUGAACCACUUGGUCUUGUUCGCUUGUGCUCCGAGACCCCAGCUAUGUGGUCAGUUUUCCACACUAUCACAUUCUUUGAGAAGGCACUUAAGAGAAGUGGAACCAGAAAAGCCCAGUCAAAUCUACAACACAAUUCAACAGAAAGUUCUAUGCCCUUGCACCCAAUGGCUUCUCAUCUAUCAUGGAUGCUGCCACCUCUUCCAAAACUGUUUCGUGUCUUACAUUCCCUUUGGUCUCCAUCUGUAUUCCAAAUAUUACCUGGAGAGAUUAAAGCUGCAAUGACCAUGAGUGAUGUUGAGAAAUUCAGUCUUCUUGGUGAAGGAAACCCUAAAUUGCUAAAGGGUACCAUAGCCUUCGCCAAUGGAUCCCAGAUCAGCGCAAGUAAGGAAGGAUAUGUGGAGUCAAAUGAAUCAGACAUACGAAAUUGGUUGAAAGGUAUCAGAGACAGUGGGUACAAUGUAUUGGGCCUGGCAACCACUGUUGGGGACUCAUUUUACAAAUGUUUGGAUAGUCAAUCUGUUGCUCUAGCUCUAGUGGAGAAUAUACAUUCAAUGGAAUUCAGGCAUAUCCGGCUGCUUGUUCAUUCAGUUUUGAUUCCUUUGGUUAAAUUUUGUCCUGUGGAUUUGUGGGAGGCAUGGUUGGAAAGGCUCUUGCUCCCAUUAUUUCAACACUCCCAACAGGCUCUCAGUUGCUCCUGGUCUGGUCUUCUACAUGAAGGGAGAGCAAAGGUCCCAGAUGCCCAUGCCAUACUAGCUGGGUCGGACUUAAAAGUUGAAGUAAUGGAAGAAAAGCUACUUAGGGAUCUAACACGGGAGAUUUGUUCACUCCUCUCUGUUAUAGCUUCGCCGCAGCUAAAUACUGGGCUUCCUUCCUUGGAGCACUCAGGGCAUGUUCAUCGUGUUGACGUAUCUUCCCUCAAAGAUUUGGAUGCGUUCGCAUCAAGCUCCAUGGUUGGUUUCCUUUUAAAGCACAAAGGUCUUGCCCUUCCAGCGCUGCAGAUAUGUUUAGAAGCUUUUACAUGGACAGAUGGUGAAGCCAUGACAAAAGUUUCUUCCUUUUGUUCUUCUUUGAUUGGUUUAGCGGUAUCGACAAAUAGUGUGGAGCUCCUACAAUUUGUUUCUAAGGAUCUAUUUUCUGCAAUUAUCCAAGGUUUAGCCCUUGAGUCAAAUGCUUUCAUAAGUGCCGAUUUGAUUGGUCACUGUCGUGAUAUAUACAUACAUCUUUGUGAAAGAGAUCCAACUCCUAGGCAGAUACUGCUCUCGCUCCCUUGUAUCAAACAACAUGAUUUGAUUGCGUUUGAAGAAGCUUUGACAAAGACAUCUAGUCCCAAAGAACAAAAGCAACAUAUGAAAAGCUUGCUUGUCUUAGCUACUGGAAACAAGUUAAAAGCGCUUGCUGUUCAGAAAAGCGUCAACGUCAUAACAAAUGUAUCAACGAGGCCUCGCAGCACGGCCAACACCAAAGAAACCCGAGCGGACGAUGGAGAGACUGUUGGGCUGGCAGCCAUAUUGUGAUGCAUGUGUGAUGUGUUGUACAGAAAUCAAAUCAAACUCGAAGGAAAACAUGUUUGGAAUAUGAUGAGGUACGAGAGCUGUUUCUUUUUUUUCGGCCAGAGGUCUACGGAACUUUGUCCACUCCCGGAAGCUACCUCGAAUACAAGAUUGAUCGUUUGGAAGUGUUCCAUGACACUGUUAUGUUGUAUUGUAUUGCCAUGGAAAUUAGGAUUUCAAAACUGAAAUUUCAUUGUAUAGCACUAAUCAGAAAACAGAGAGAAAAAAGGUUUGGCAGAUUAGAACAUAAACACACCGGGCAGUUGCCGUUUAACGUUGGUUUGUUUGGAGCUCAAACCAAAACUUUCAUGUGCA